UUGGGUUGUGUUGUGUGACUAAUAUGUAGUGUUAUUUGUGUUGAUGAGUGAGCAGAGAAAUGAAUUGUGGUAUGGUCCAGACAGAGUGAAAUACUUGGGACCCUUUUCAGCUCAGACUCCCUCUUAUUUGACUGGAGAAUUCCCAAGGGAUUAUGGAUGGGACACUACUGGAUUGUCUGCUAAUCCUGAAGCAUUUUCCAAGAACAGGGCUCUUGAGGAUGAGUUAGUCGAGCAGAGCACACAAGGUACAUUCACUCCCGAGGGUCGUGAGGACAUAUUGGCAGUUGCCAUUGGUCGUCCAGAGCAUUCUGGACGUGUUCGAGGUGUUGGUAAAUUUAUUGGCAUUCGUCAAUUCUUCGGUCCUCCAACAAAUCAUCAUAGUAAAGCCCAUGUUAGUGAGGAGGUCCUCAAGGGUAUAAGAGAAGAAAUUAGACAGGAGAUGAGGGAGGAGAUCAGCGAGAUGAAGAAAGAGUACGGUGAUAUGAGAGCACAAUUGAAGAAGGAGUACUCUGAUAUGCGGGCACAAUUGUUAGCAGAUGUGCGAGCAGAAUUAGCCUCCUCCUCAAGCCAACCUAGGAAUCUUCCUCAACCUUCUAAUCUUUGUAUAAGCACAAAGGAGAGUUGUGAUGUUUCUCCUCAAAACGCUUCUCCCACUAUUGAUGCAGACUACGAGUUGUUUAGUGAUGAUGCCCUACAGUGCUUGGUGGCCUUAGGUAAAAUGUAUACAUUGGGGUCAACUAUACACCAUGAAACCAUUACAGCUGAUAUGAUGAGAGUGGUGGUUGUAGACGUACGAAAUGCUACAGCUCGAGUCCCUGUGCCCACUGAGGAUGUUCAGACAGUGGGACAUGCCCUUGGAAAUUUUAUCCUUUGGCCCCUUAGAUUAUCAAGAGCAAUUGUAAAGAAGGUUGAAGCACAAGGGCAGGAAGAUAUGAAUGAAUCACUGCAACAACAGUUGCAGCCGCCACAACACAGAAUUCUAGAACAACUUGGUGUGUUGGCAGUGAAGAUCUCCCUUUCUCCUAUAGAGUUACAAAUGCCUCCUGAAGUCACAAACAGGACAUCUUCACUCUCUUUCUUCAUAUGUCAAAGGGAUAUUUUUGAAAUUCUCUCUGGCACUGAUAUGUUAUGUAUAUCAGUACUACAACUUUGGUUGUUGUAUUUACAUCGGUUGACCAUUGAAAAGAAGAAUGAUCACAUUUAUGGUUUUAUUGACCCUGUUGCCAUUCAAGGAGUUGGGAAUAAAGGUGAAGAGGUCCAAAACUACCUCUUAGAGGCUUUUGUAAACGGAAAAAAGCAAGUGUACUUAGCACCUUAUUUGCAACAGGGUCACUGGCAAUUGUUACUAAUUCUUCCUCAACAGUUUCUUGUAGUUCUCUUAUGUUCAUUGCACAAAAAACCUCACACUUUGGCAAUUAAAAAUACACUAAUAUUAGUGGUUGAGGCAUAUUCAAGGUUGCAGGGAACACAUAUCGUCUCUAGAAAGAAGUUGCAAUUCAUUGCACCAACUUGCUCACGCCAACCGGGAAGCUUUGAGUGCGGAUAUUAUGUCAUGAGGCACAUGCAGAAAGUUAUAUCCGCAAAUGUCGUUGACUCAUGGAAAUUGAUAUUUGAUGACACGUCUCCAAUGGAACAACAUGUCAUAAAGGAUGUUCGGGAGCAGUGGGCUACAUUUUUUUUAACCAUUUGUAAAUGAUUGGAUGUUUCAAUAUUACAUUUUGAGUUUAGGAACUAUUUUAUGUGUAAUAUGUUAAGAAACUAUGUUAGGUAAAUAUAGUUAGGAACUUUGUUAAGUAAAUAUUACAUUUUGAUGUGUUAAUGAAAACAAUAUUGAUUAUGUUACUUGUUAUUGAUUAUUUAAACUGUAUUCUGGGAUUGAAUCUUAUGCAGGUCUGGAUAUGGAUAGUAGUAUAUACAAAUAAAAUAUUUAAAAACAACAUCACUUUUUACACCAGUCAAAGCCACAGCAGGUAUAAAAA